UCAAUGGAGAACAGGACUGAAGUGACAUGGUUCAUCUUACUAGGACUAACCAAUGACCCAGAACUGCAGGUCCCCCUCUUUGUCAUGUUCAUUCUCAUCUACCUUAUCAAUGUGAUUGGAAACCUGGGGAUGAUCAUAUUGAUUCUCUGGGACUCUCAUCUCCACACUCCCAUGUAUUUUUUCCUCAGUAACCUAUCUCUGGUGGACAUUGGAUACUCCUCAGCUGUCACUCCCACAGUCUUGACUGGGCUCUCUAUAGGAGACAAGGUCAUCUCCUACAAUGCAUGCACCACUCAGAUGUUCUUUUUUGCAGCCUUUGCCACAAUGGAAAAUUUCCUCCUGGCUUCAAUGGCCUAUGACCGCUGUGUAGCAGUGUGUAAACCCCUACAUUACACCACCACCAUGACUGCAGGUGUGUGUGCAUGUCUGGUUGCAGGCUGCUAUAUCUGUGGUUUCUUGAAUGCCUCCAUCCAUGUUGGAGAAACAUUCAGUCUCUCUUUCUGUAAGUCCAACGCGGUCCAUCACUUUUUCUGUGAUGUCCCAGCAGUCAUGGCUCUGUCUUGUUCUGAUAGACAUGUUAAUGAGCGGGUUCUUAUUUAUGUAGCCAGCUUCAAUAUCUUUUUUGCCCUUCUAGUUAUCUUAGUAUCCUACCUAUUUAUAUUUAUCACCAUCCUAAAGAUGCACUCAGCUACAGGAUAUCAGAAGGCUUUGUCCACCUGCACCUCCCAUCUUACUGCAGUCUCCAUCUUCUAUGGAACAAUCAUCUUCAUGUACUUACAGCCAAGUUCCAGCCAUUCCAUGGACACAGACAAAGUAGCAUCUGUGUUCUAUACCACGGUCAUUCCCAUGCUGAAUCCUGUGGUCUAUGGCAUAAGGAACAAAGAGGUCAAAAGUGCAUUCAAAAAGGUUGUUAAAAAGAUAAAACUAUCCCUACGAUUGUGA